AUGGCCCGGAGCCUGCAGAGAAAAUCCAGGCACGGAGCCUCCAGCGACGGUCCCCAGGACACGGAGCCUCCAGCGACGGUCCCCAGGACACGGAGCCUCCAGCGACAGUCCCCAGGACACGGAGCCUCCAGCGACGGUCCCCAGGACACGGACCCUCCAGCGACGGUCCCCAGGACACGGAGCCUCCAGCGACGGUCCCCAGGACACGGACCCUCCAGUGACGGUCCCCAGGACACGGACCCUCCAGCGACGGUCCCCAGGACACGGAGCCUCCAGCGACGGUCCCCAGGACACGGAGCCUCCAGCGACGGUCGCCAGGACACGGACCCUCCAGCGACGGUCCCCAGGACACGGAACCUCCAGCGACGGUCCCCAGGACACGGACCCUCCAGCGACGGUCCCCAGGACACGGACCCUCCAGCGACGGUCCCCAGAACACGGAGCCUUCAGCAACGGUCCCCAGGGCACGGAGCCUCCAGCGAUGGUCCCCGGUCUGGAGACUCCAGCGACGGUCCCCGGUGUGAGCCUCCAGCGACGGUCCCCGGUCCGGAACCUGCAGCGCCGGUCCCCGAUCCGGAGCCUCCUGCGACGGUCCCCGGUCAGGAGCCUCCAACGACGGUCCACGGUCAGGAGCCUCCAACGACGGUCCACGGUCAGGAGCCUCCAACGACGGUCCACGGUCAAGAACUUGCAGCGACAAUUUACGGUCCGGAGGUCCCGGUGACGAUCCCUGCACUGGAGGCAGCACCAAAGUGGGGGGAGCCUAAAGCGGAGCGGGGUCUGCGUCCCACACCGAAGCCCCCACCGAAUCCCCCUCCGAGAGUAGAAGCCCACCUGGACCCUCCCCUAUAG